UUAAAAAAAAGUGUAUUUAAGGAUUGUAAAACGAAUUCUGUUUAGAAAAUUUUUGUUUUGAAUCUUCAAUUUUUGUCUAACUACAAAACUUCAGUCAAAAUAAAGUUUAUAAAACUUUAUAAAGAAUAAAUGACAUUAUACAACGAUGGAACAUCUUUGACUGAUGCGUCAGCUUCGUUAAACCAGAAACAUGACAAGAAAGAGAAACAGUUCUAUGAUGACGAUCCCCCGAUGACUUUCAAGGAGGAAGUUGAAUCAUAUUUCAAGCUUAUAGACGAUAACGGUGAUGGGAUUAUCACUCCUCUGGAAAUGCACCAUGCAAUGAAGUUUCUUAGAAAGGAUCGCACAAUGAGUGAUGCUCUUGAAAUAACGCAAGAGAUAGAUAAUGAAGGUGUUGGUGGAAUAAAGCUUGAAAAGUUUGAAUCAGUCAUGCGUGAUGUAAUUAAAGGAAACACAACUGAUGACGAUUUGCGUGACGUAUUUGACUUUUUAGAUUAUGAUGGCGAUGGUUUAGUAUCAACUUUGGAUCUUCAGUUAGUUUAUCGUGAACUUGGGGAAAAUAUAACUCCAGAAGAAGCUUUGUUUGUUAUGCGUAAAUGUGAUUCAAAUGACGAUGGACUUUUUGAUUUGCCUGAGUUUCUUAUCUAUUGUCAAACGUUCAUAGAAAACUAUCAAAAAGAAAGACUAUUUGAUAUACUCAUUAACAAAGAUAGUGAAGAAGACGAAGCUCAGCCGUUUUAUGGAGGCUUUGGGUAGCCUAUAAAAUGAAAAAAUUGUGAAAAUUGUAAAAAAACAAAAGUUAAAAUGAAGCUCGUAAAAAAUUUUCUCAAUAUUAUUUUACGGUUUUAUUCCAAAUUAAAAAUGCACUUUCAUAUUUAUUGUAAAUGCAAAAAAAGUAUUAAAAACUGAGAUAAACGAUUUUAACUCGAUGUAAAUUAGUUUUAAUAGUUCGAUAAAACUGAGAUAAAUAAUUUUAAUUCAA